CAUGUGCAGUAGCAGCAACGACGGCAGCGUGAUGGCCGGGAAGAAGCGUGGUCUGGAGCACCUGGAUGAGUAUGAGCCCAAAGCGGCCAAACAGCAGCGCAGCCUGCAGGAGCGGAUGGCGGACCGGCGGCUGGUGGUGGUCCUGGAGGGGGCGUCUCUGGAGACCGUCAAGGUGGGAAAAACCUUCGAGCUCCUCAACUGCGACCAACACAAGAAUCUGAUCGUUAAAAGCGGCAGAAACCCGGGACACAUCCGGCCUGACAUCACACACCAGUGCCUCCUCAUGCUGAUGGACAGUCCUCUGAACCGGGCCGGACUGCUGCAGGUUUACAUCCACACGGAGAAGAACGCCCUGAUCGAGAUCAACCCACAGACCAGAAUCCCCAGAACCUUCAGCCGCUUCUGUGGCCUCAUGGUCCAGCUGCUCCACAAGCUGAGCGUCCGGGCCGCCGACGGACCCCAGAAGCUGCUGAGGAUGAUUAAGAACCCGGUGUCGGACCACCUGCCCCCCGGCUGCCCUCGGAUCUGCACCUCCUUCUCUGCAGGAGAACCUGUCUGUCCCAGGACUCUGGUUCCUGAAGGUCCGGCUGCCGUGGUGAUCGGAGCGUUUGCACACGGAGCGGUGAACGUGGACUACACAGAGAGGACUGUGUCCAUCAGUAACUAUCCUCUAUCUGCUGCACUCACCUGUGCUAAGUUUUGUUCUGCCUUCGAGGAGGUUUGGGGCGUCCUGUGACUGAUGAUUAUCAUCUGCUCACCUGGACAGACGCUGGACUACAUACCUGUCCCAGUGGACUUCACAGGACUUCACAAAUGUUCCAGUGGACUACAUACCUGUCCCAAUUGACUACACACCUCUUCCAGUGGACUACAAACCUGCUGCAGUGGAUUAGAAACCUAUUCCAGUGAACUUCACACCUGUCCCAGUUGACUACACACCUGUCCCAGUGGACUACACACCUGUCCCAGUUGACUUCACAUCUGUGCCAGUUGACUACACACCUGUCCCAGUCGACUUCACAUCUGUCCCAGUUGACUACACACCUGUCCCAGUUGACUUCACACCUGUCCCAUUGGACUUCACAUCUGUCCCAGUGGACUACACACCUGUCCCAGUUGACUACACACCUGUCCCAGUGGACUACACACCUGUCCCAGUUGACUUCACAUCUGUCCCAGUUGACUACACACCUGUCCCAGUGGACUAAACACCUGUCCCAGUUGACUACACAUCUGUCCCAGUGGACUUCACACCUGUCCCAGUGGACUUCACACCUGUCCCAGUUGACUUCACAUCUGUCCCAGUGGACUACACACCUGUCCCAGUGGACUACACACCUGUCCCAGUUGACUACACACCUGUCCCAGUUGACUACACACCUGUCCCAGUGGACUACACACCUGUCCCAGUUGACUACACACCUGUACCAGUGGGCUUCACACGUGUCCCAGUGGACUACACACCUGUCCCAGUUGACUACACACCUGUCCCACUGGACUACACACCUGUCCCAGUGGACUACACACCUGUCCCAGUUGACUACACACCUGUCCCAGUGGACUUCACACCUGUACCAGUGGACUACACACCUGUCCCAGUGGACUACACACCUGUCCCAGUGGACUACACAUGCUGGACUGUACACCCAGUGAAGGCCUACAGACUGCAGUGCUUCCUGUUUUACUGACUGUGUAUCUGAUGGGGUUUGAGCUCCAUGUGGGACGUUCUCUGGUUUCUCUACUCGAUUUUUCCAUAUAAAAGUGUCGCUGUUUUUUAUACCAAUAUAAAAUACUGAGUUUGGAUUAUGGAUUAUUAGAGUUACAUUAAAAUAUUUGACUAAA